AUGCGCGUGGUCGUCUUCGGAGGCACCGGGCUCGUCGGAAGCCACACGUGCAAAGCGCUGCUUGCGUGCGGUUGCGCAGUGACGUCCAUCUCGAGAGGCGGCCUGCGUGCAGAGUCGCAGCCGCUGCUGGGCGAGUCCUGGGUCUCGCAGGUUGACUGGCAGCGCGCCGAUGCUGCCGAGGAUGGCGCCGCCGCCAAGGUGCUCGAGGGCGGUGUGGACGGCGUUGUGUCCUGCAUUGGCUCGGGCGACCUCCAGCACGCCUCGGCGGAGGCCUGGAACGGGUGGGCGUGGUCCGAUAAGAGCAUCCGGCAGUGGAGAGAGAACUCGGAGCCGAACCUCAAGGUGGUUGCGGCGGCAAAGGCGGCGGGAGUGCGCCGCUUUGCGUUCGUCGGCGUCAGCUCCGACUCUGAGCGCGGCUUUGGCGGUCCGAAUCCCGGCCUGUACUCGGGCAAGCGCGCCGCCGCCCUGGCCGCACGCGAUGCCUUUGGAGCAGAAUUCACCUACUUUGGACCUUCGGCCGUCGCGCGGCGGGCUGACGACCCGCGCAUCAAGACGCUCAACGGCGGGCUCGGGCGGGGGCUGAACGCAAUCAACGACUUCAUCGGCGAGAUCCGCUCCUUUGGGCCCGACUACACCACAAGCACGCGGCUCGCACCGCCUGUGCCGGCGGCCGACCUGGCGCUCGCGAUCGCCGCGUGCCUCUCCGGCUCGGUCGCGGUGGAGGAGUCGGUGCGCGCGUCGGGGAUGACCCUGUGGACCGACAUGUCUGGAGGCAGCGUCACCUGUCUCGAGCGCGAGCAGACAGAGAUCCGCGACGCGAUGCGGCACGUCGACGGCACGGCCGCGAUCCUCGAGCUCGCGGAGCGGGCGCGACGCGCGGAGCUUGAUGAGGCGGCCGCCGCCGCCGCGGCUGCGUAA